AUGUUCAUUGCCGAGGACUACACGACAUGGAUGAAAUCGUUCGAAAAAUUCUGGUACUAUAUGUGUAUUGAUAGAGAUUCACAGGAAGCAGUUGGAGGUGUUUGUAUGGCAUUCGAUCGUUCAGCGUCAGAAGAACCAGAGGAAGACAUUUAUUAUGAAGUGGAGAAAGCUCCAAAAAACCUACAGUUUAUUUCAGUGAUGAAAAUGACGUCAUUAUACGCUUCUAAGUAUGGUUUCGACAAAAUGCCCAACUAUAAACAUAAUUUUGUUGCUAUCCCUACAGAUAAUGUGGUGAUCCCCACCGUCGUCGACUCACAGUACGUCAUAAAGGAUUUGAAAGAUGUAGAGGAAGCAGAUGUGAUUGCCUACGAUAUUGCUAUUUCUCGACGAAGUCGUGCCAAGUAUUUUGUGAAUUUCAUUACUACAGGCAAAUGCUUCACGAAGGUGGCACUAGAUACGACGGGCAAAAUUGUCGGAAUUGGCUGCGUUCGAGCUGUUUACUCCAACGACCUCUGUGCUGGACCGGUCUUCGCUGACAGCGAGGCUUUUAGUAGCUAUCUUGUCACCAUAUGUUUUCAAGCUUUUUUAAUCUCUCGUGUGAAACCGGGUGCUUUGUAUGUUCUAUUGGUCGAGAGGGGUCAUCGAACUGGAAAUCUUUUGCAAAUGUUUCAGGUGAUUGCGGCAUCACUUCUUGCUGAGAUUUUGUUGAGCAUUCCGGAUCUCAGGAAAUACAAAAUGUUCGCUUCUCUUUAUCCGGCUAUCAACGAGAAUGCGGCCAGGCUCUUCCAUUCAAUCGGUGGAACUAAAGCGAAAAUCGUACCGUUCACACAGUGCCAGUUCACGAAGAAGAUCUUUCCUAUCGACGACAUCAAAGUGUUUGCAAUGACCGAGUGUGCAUGUAGCGUUGUAUAA